AUGCCUCGUUCUGAAGCGCCUCCUCCUGUUUGGUUCCACGAGCGCCAAUGGGUCGCACGCGAAAUUCGUUUCCCAGACAAUCCACCCCCGUUUGGAGCUGUUGAAUUUCUCUGCCAAUCCGUGGAGAGCCCAUCCACACAGGCCUAUCUCACCGUGUACCUCCAAGUUCCUUAUCUGGAGACCCAAACGGAGCCCGCUUACCUCCGUGCUGAGCAGGCCACGCUCGAGAAUCUCCCCCGCGACCCAGCAGAAGAGGCAGAGGCUUGGAGGCGACUGAAAGCCAACAAUGUCACUGCCACCGGACGCCUCCUCUCCCGGAAGCAGGAGGCCCAGGGCGACGAUGACCCAGUGCCUGACGGGUGGUCUGUCUACCUUCUAGCCUCCAAGGUUCCGGGAACACGCCUGGCGGAGGAAUCAUCGGUCCUAAAAGACGGAAUGUUCGUUACAGAAGUGUAUUUUUGGACCCUAGAUCGAGAAACGAGAGAUCUAAUUCGCCACCAGUUUGCGUCUGCGCACCAGAGCAUUUAUAAAGCCCAAGUUUGUCUUGAACGCCAGGACUUGUGGUCCCUUUACUGGGAUGAAGCCAACAAGAAAGUGUAA